CUUUUUCGCGGUUAGGAGGGGGGUUCGAUUCGAAGAUUUACGAUAUUGCUAGAAAAUUUCCAAUCGACUGUACACAAAACGGAGAGGAGGCAGGCACAAAAUGUUCCAGUUAGGGACAACAUUUGCCAAAUAAUGACAUAGAGUGCUACAGUUGUACGAGAGAAAUGACAGAUAUAAAGAAAGAAAGUAUAUUCUUUACUGUUUCUGAAUUAAGAGAGGUUUUGCAACAAAGUUUGAAAUGCAUACAACGCUUGUUGUCCCUGGAAGACGCCCGGUUAGGCCACCACGUGGAGAAGUUAGGCCAGUAUAUACAACUAGCAAAGGAUGGCAGAAACUCGUUCAAGAAUAUAUUUUCAAUUUUGUCAGCCAAAAAUGAACCGUCAGAUACAUGCUUAGAGAAAUACCAAUUUGAAGAUUCACCUAGCCAUGCUUCCUUUGCAAAUGGUCGAACGACUACCGACGAUCUCGAGGAACUAGAAUCGGAACUGUCAUCAUUGGAUAAGCUCCAGUUUCAGCCUAGUUGGGAUUUUGGUAUUCCCCCAAAUCGAUUAGAACUAAAAUCUGCUAAAAACUUCAACGAAGCAUCUGAUUCAGCCCAAAGCUCUUGUCCGAAGACUACUGUGGAGUCUAAACAACUACAAGAUGAAAAUCGACAGCAAAUGGUUAUUGAGGCUGAAGAUUUUUUCUCUGAUGACAUUGAUGGCUUUGAAUCUGGAGACGAGGAUCUUAUGUCUGAACUUGAAAAGAUUGAGGAAUCUUUCACAGCAUCAAACACACCAUCCAAAAAACACGAGGGCGAGAUAGGCAAUUUUGAAUGCCCUCCACCAGAGAAAGAGCACACAGAUAUUCUAAAACAUUACUUUGGUUUUGGUAGAUUUAGGCCUGCGCAAUGGGGUGUUAUACGAUCUGUACUUGUGGAAAGAAGAGAUCAUUGUGUCAUAAUGGCUACUGGUUCUGGCAAAAGUUUAUGCUACCAGUAUCCGUCUCUGUACACUUCUGGCCUUACUUUAGUGAUUUCCCCUUUGAUCUCUCUCAUGGAGGAUCAAGUUCAUGCCUUGAGUAUGGCUAGUGUACCCGCUUGUUAUCUUGGCUCUGCUCAGGCUGAUUCAAGAUCAGUGCUUGAUGGAAUCUACAAUCAGCAAUACCGCCUUGUUUAUGUUACUCCGGAAUACGUGACAGGCUCUUCUGGUUUUUUAAAAAGCCUUGACUCUAAAGUAGGCCUAACCCUUGUAGCUAUUGACGAGGCACAUUGUGUAUCCCAGUGGGGUCAUGAUUUCAGAAAGUCAUAUCGAGAGCUGCGCAUUAUAAAAGAGCAAGUACCAAAUGUUCCUGUAAUGGCCCUUACAGCAACAGCAACACCUAUCGUAAAAAUGGACAUUUGUUCAGCAUUGAAAUUGAAAUCACCAGUUAUUACUUCAACGGGAUUUGACAGGCCAAACCUCUUUUUGGAAGUGAGGCGGAAGUCAGGGUCUGUGAUAGAAGAUAUCGGUAAAUUGAUGUCAAAAACAAAUGAAAAUGGAAGGCUUACAUACUCCUUCGAAGGGCCAGCAAUCAUCUACUGCCCGACCAGAAAAGCUGUCGAGUCUGUUACUUCAACUCUUCAAGGUUUUGGGGUUUUGUGCCAACGUUACCACGCAGGGAUAUCUUUAAAAGAAAAGAAGGACACCCAUCACAAGUUUUUAAGAGAUGAGAUCCAGUGUAUCGUUGCUACUGUGGCAUUUGGAAUGGGGAUUGACAAAAAGGACGUGCGCAUUGUCAUCCACUACGGAGCACCAAAAGAUAUUGAGUCAUAUUAUCAAGAAAUCGGUAGAGCAGGGCGUGAUGGAUUUCCGAGCUCAUGUUACGCGUUCUACUCGCCAAGUGAUUUCAAUAUUAUGAGGAGUCUUAUUCGUGAUAUCAAAGACGAAAAAUUCAGAUCGUACAAAGAAAGUAUGGUCUCAAAGAUGAUAAAGUACCUUGAGAACAGCAAUUGCAGAAGACGAGCUAUUUUGUCGCAUUUUGAAGCUUCUGAUGAUGUCGGUGGCCAAGAAGAAUGUUGUGAUGUCUGUCGUGGGAGAAUCCAGAGAUCAUCGUUAAUACCAUCAAGUGCUCCUCAGAUUGGACAGAAGUACGAUUUUGGAAAGGAAGUCUUAAUCUUAAUGCAAGCAAUCAUGACGAUGGGAAAUGGGAACUAUGGUGUCAAUACACCAAUUCUACUUUUACGAGGAUCGAAAAGUAAUGCUGUCCCAUCACGAUUUCAAAACAGCAAAUCUUUCGGAGCUGGCAGGGAAAAACCUGAAACAUUCUGGAAAGGUCUUGCCAGGCAACUUCAAACUGAAAACUACCUCAUGGAAAAGAGGACAGACAGACCCUUUGUAAAGUUUGUGCAGCUCUCAGAAAAAGGUAUGAAAUGGUACAAAGAAGCAAUACGUGAUUCCUCUGCUCAGACAUUAGAACUGAUACCCAAUCAGGAAAUGUUAUUGUAUCCUAAAGCUUCAGCUCGUACAGAAGUCGAGACACAGCCUGCCAGCAGAAGCAUGGCUACUCCUAUUUCAAGAAUUCUAUCAAACGUGCCCCUCCAACAUGCUUGGUGUGAAAUGCACGAACCGAUCAAAUUGUUAAUAGACUACGACAAAAGAAGCGAGGAAACAGUUCCAGUUGACGAUGCCAAAUCAGAGGAGCUGCUUUACAAGAAACUCCACCAAAUGAGAAAGGAGAUUUGUGACGAUCUGGACGUACCUCCCCACAUUGUGGCAUCAACGAAAAGUCUCAUUGAUAUUACCAAAUCUAGGCCGAGCACUUUGGAGAAUUUUGCCCAAAUUAACGGUGUAAACAGAAUGAUGGUUGAGAGAUUUGGGAAAAAGUUUGUCGACUGUGUUAUUCAAUUCUGCAAAGCAAACGAUUUAGCGACUGACCAAGGAUUUGAUGACAAGAUUGACGGGAAACAAAAUAGGGACUUUUGUCUUCAGAAGAUGGGUGACACCCCCAGGGGUGAAUUGUCUACUACCGUUGACUCGUCUUAUGACCUAUACCAGAAGCAUAAACAACCUUUGGUGGAGGUAGCGCGAGCACGAGCCUUGGUUCCCAGUACAGUUAUGGGUCAUUUAGCCACAGCUCUCAAGGCAGGAUUACCGGUUGAUUUCAAUAGACUUGAAUUGAGCAACGAAGAAAUCUCACUUAUAUCAAAGACAGUGAUGAACAAAUUUAAUGGAGAUAUAACGAGCGUUAAAGCUAUCAAAGAUGCGCUUCCGUACUCAAUAGAUUUUGGUAAGCUGAAUUUCGUGUUAGCAAUGCUGGAACUCAAUUACGGCUUUGCAGAACGAACAAAUUCAAAAGAAGACAGUGGUGUCGAAAGUAAAAGAAAAGACAACAGUAAAGAGCAAUCUGAAAAAGCUUCUCAACAGCCAAAACCUAGUCAACUUGGAAAAAGAAAAUGCCCUGAAUGGAUGACAACAACCUCCGUUGCAAAGGGCUACAAACGCUCAAACAGUAAGAAUAAAAGCUUGUUCUGAUUAGUUAGACAAUUUUUAAUGUUGCAUAAAUUUGUAUAUUUUGUCAAGUUUUCUAAAAGAGUUACUCUUUUCUAUGGA